GUCUGGAACUGGUUAAAAGCCUCCCAGUUAGUCAGUUGGGCGUGUGUAUCAGGAGCUGAGGGAGGAAGCCGUGCUGCUAGAGAAACUGGGCAGUACAAAUGCUGCCAGGCACAAGGAAGGCGGCCCUGAGGACCAAGGAAGGGAGAGAAGGGCGCUAGAUAGCCGAACUCCAGGGAGGAAGAGCUCUGAGACGUGACCCUGUGGAGAGCCCGCUGUGGCUGGGGAGGAGCUCCAUGUGAAUAGUAAAGGAGCCAGAGCCGCUUGGUCUUUGUGUCUGGAGGAGCAUAAGGGCCUGGUCUGGUGGUGGUUCUACUUGCAGAAAUCAAGGAGCCUUCAGACUAGAGGCAAGGAUUAUUCUGGGGAAGUUCUCUGGCCUCAGGAGGUCAGACUAGAUUAUCACAAUGAUCCUUUCUGGCCUGGGUAUCUAUGAAUGAAAAUGUGAGGACUCUCAUCGGGACUACACAUUAAUGCGGAUUGCAGAAGCAGUGCCUGUAUAAUGUGGUUUAACGCUGUGUGCAGCUGGAAAUGUUAGUUUGCAUUCAAGGACUUGUCACUGGCCUAGGGGCCCAAUCCUGCAACCCUGGACCGUGCAGAAUUCCCUUUGGGCUACUCACCUGAGUAAAAGACGGCAGAAUGUGGCCCUGUGUUCGGAUCCGCUCAGAAGGAAACCUAGCCACCUGUAAUCGAGCGGGAAGGCCAUAGCAUUGUAGGAAAGAAACUGCACGGUCAGAUACCCAUCUUGUUCAAAUUGGCAUAGCUCCACUGAAGUCAGUUGAGGCCAGUCGAGGAUCUGACCCCAGAAACGUUACGGAUCAGCUUCUCUUCUCACACCACUGGCAAUGAGGGUAGCUCUAUGGACACCGGUGGAGUUAAGCUGGUGAGCUACAGCGAAGGGGCACGUGAUGACGAUAAAGCACCGCAAAUCAAAACGAAAAAUGGGAUUGAAAGCAACCAUCCAGCUGGAGGUGAAAGUCAUGGAGGAACAAGCAGAGAGGAUAACUGGGGAAAACAUGGUUGUCAGAGCAAGACAAACCAGGAGACACUUGUCGGUAAAAUCUCUGACAGCUGAACUCCAAAAGGUUCCUUAUUUGUCAAAAAAGAGGGGAAACUUUCUAGGCCUCAAAAAGAAGAAAAAGAAUGAGUGGAAGCUGCAGUAUCAUUCAGGUGUGAUGGCUGGAAAGCUUCAAACACAGGUGGAUGAUCUCUUAGAAAAAGUAACUGAAAAGUCCAUAGAUUUACUGGCCCAGAAACACGCAGAACUCCAGCAGUGUGAGUUUCUGGGAGAGGAGAUAUUUCAAUCAUCUAAGCAUUUUCAAUUGGCUUCCAAAAGAACCAUGAGGUUGUAUAAACUAAAACAUAUGCAUUUCCCAUGCACAUGCUGUUGCUAA